AUGUCGACGAGGAGGAGCAAAAAGUGUUCGCGCAAACCACCAAGUCCACAACCAUAUCCGUGGUUGAUGCUGACCCAUGGAAAAUCAUCAAGGGUGUCCUCUUUCUAUAGUAUUCAAGAGAAACGUCACUACGUCACAAAAAUCCCUGAUGUUUCCAACAAAAGCCUCCGCACCAGCUGUCAAGGUUGGGUCGUAGUGACCGAUUUCAAAACCAACGAAAUUCUUCUAGUUCAUUUGUCUUCAUUGGAGCGAAUCAAGCUACCACACUUAGUCGAUUCAAGCAACUAUAUUCAUGGAUCUUGUAUUUUGACAACACCACCUAAUGCCUCAAAUUCUAUGGUUGGGCUUUUCGCAAACGACAGACCUAGUGCCAUGAUUUGGCAUCUAGGUCAAGAAAAAUGGAUAGAGCAAGAAUAUGGACCAGAUAGACUUGAAAGCCUCAUUGUUUGCGAGGGGAAAAUUUAUGGUCAAGCUGUUGAUUUACCAUGGUUUGACGUGUAUGAGUUUGUUGGUGAAAAUUUAGUAACUAGAAGACUAGUAACACUGCCUAGGGGUCUAGAUCACGGAGUUCCUUGCUCAUGUGAUUAUUUGGUUAGAUCCGGUGGUGACAUUUUUGUGGUGCAGUCCAACCCAAUGGGUGAAGCAACCAAGAGAAUUAGAUACAUACAUGUUUACAAGUUUAAUAAGACAAAUUCCAAGUGGAUUAGGGUGGAAAGUAUCGGAGAUCGCUCCUUCUUCAUCAAUACCAAGUCUCCUUCUUCAUCAAUACCAAGUCACACACCAUUUCUUGCUCCACCUCAAACUCCGAUCUCAAAGGGAACUGUAUCUAUUACACUAAGGGUAAACAAGAUUGGAGCUUGUACACCUACGACAUGGAAUCAAAUCACAUUCACCCCUCGUAUCUUGCCCAAAUGCAGUCAACAAUCGAUCACCAGCUCAUUUCGUCAUGAUAGUUUAGUUAGUAGUUAA